CCAUGAAGGUGGAAGCGGGGGACAAUUCCAUGAUCAACCUGUCGGUGCAGCAAGUGCUGAGCCUGUGGGCUCACGGCACCGUCCUGCGCAGCCUCACGGAGAUGUGGUACUGGGUUUUCCUCUGGGCUCUCUUCUCCUCUCUCUUUGUCCAUGGUGCUGUGGGAGUAUUAAUGUUUGUGAUGCUGCAGAGGCAUAGGCAAGGGAGGCUGAUCUCUGUCAUUGUGGUCAGCAUUGGAUUUCUGGGCUCUAUAACUGGAGCAAUGAUAACCAGUGCUGCAGUAGCUGGAAUUUACAGAGUAGCAGGAAAGAAUAUGGCUCCCCUAGAAGCUCUUGUCUUUGGCGUUGGACAGACAGUACUGACAUUAAUUAUCUCAUUUUCAAGAAUUCUUGCAACGCUUUGAAACUUACACAGAAAGGGGGGAGAAAAACGUCUUUAAUCUGAAGAGGAGCUUCCUGAAAGUGGAUUCAUCAGCUUAUGAACUCGAAUUCUAGUGCAAGAGGAAGGGAGCUAUGUGGGAAGCGCACGACAAAUCUCGAGGCUCAGUCAAAUGAACAGGCUGUCCUCUAGUGUUGGAACUGCUGCACUCCUGCGCUGCGCCUUAGCGUGCGGGGGCGAUCCCUGUGCCCCGCGGGGAGGGAGCGCCUGGAGCAGCUGCCAGGCAGGUCCGUGCUGGGUGAGGGGGUCACUGCCCUGAACACCUUGGAAUGAAACAGAGGGGCCGUCCUGGAAGUUGCUCCGUGUGCCGGACUUGGGGUGUAAUGCUGAGCGGGUGGCUGGGUAAGCUCUGGAAUGUAGAAGGAUUCUGUGAAUGUGCACAAUUCUCCUUGAAUUCAGGUGAAAUAGCAAGAUGACUGACUUUUGUGUGUUAGAAGAAUCUCUCCGAAUGCUGAAUGUUCUUGUUCAGCAUUCAAAACAACUGUUAGACGUGUUUCAAAUUGUAGAUUAAUUUUGAUGGGGUUUAAGAACCACGGCUUUAACAACCCUGAUAUAAUUAGCACUAUGUGAAGAAUGGCUUGUGGCAGUUUUCUUCUUUGGCACGUUUCUCCGUGAUUUUAGCCUGUUGAAAUCAGGGGUUUAAGGAGAUUGUAUGAAGGUUACCAUGUACAAGCUGGUGUGUAUGCACAAACAAAUAUUCAACUGAUGCUUUCCUCAAAAUUACUUUGGCAGAUGGUUACCAGCCCUUCUGCAAACGUCAGAAAAAGGUUACUCAUUGCAAAUAAACACCCUAUAUUUAAUUAAGCACUAGUAGGACCCUUACCCCUACAUGUAUUCUGUAAGGAACACACAAAUAGAACAAACUCUCAGAGAAUACACCUCUGAGGAAAAUGGAGAGGAGUAACAAUAUGAUAUGAUGGUUUUCUACUGAAAAAAAUAUUAAGUGUAAUAAAAUAGUUACCAUACUCCAAAAAUUUUUAAGUGGGUCAGCACUAAUGUAUUUACUACCUUGUUUCUGAACACUUUGUAUCUUUGGAAAGAUAAGAUACCUGGAACUUUCAAACACUUAGCUUUCAGUAGUUUGUACUUUUCUAGUUUAAAAGGGACUGAGUGGUGUUGUGCACGUGAAAUGUCAUAAAUGUGAGUGUUUGAACUAAAGAGAAAUUUUAAGUCUAAUUACUAAUUAUUUAUGAAAUACAAAAUUGAAAGGGCAUAAAGUUCUGUGAAGAAUAAGGAAUCUUUUACAUCUUUUCUCAACUAAAUGCUUUUCAGCAGUUGUCUCUUAAUGAUGAUGGGGAGUAAAUCGCUCAAAGGUUUUGCUGUUAUGAGGUCCACAACACUUUCAGGACUGUCACAAAUACUGGCACCUACUGCACACCUAAAAGAAUAUGUUUAAAAUAUAACUUGCAAUCCAGUCAUUGCUUAAUACUUCAAAAUAUAAUGAAUUAACCUGUCUGCCUUUAUCUUAUUCCACAUAUAUUUCUUUAAGGUAAUAGAAACGCUAAUAUUUGUUUUCUUUAAAAGCAUAAAAGUCUUGUUUGGAAAACAUACAAAGUUAUGGGCUUUGCAGGGAACAAGUUAAAAUAUAGGUUUAUAAACAUUUUCAGUGUUACUUUUAAUUGCUUAAAAAGUGUGGCUGAAUACAUAUGCUCUCACUGUUUUUGAAUGUCUUCAAGAACUUUUUGUGGUUGUUUUUUUGUCUUUUACUUUCUGCUUAUACUUUCUGGCACACAACUAUUGCACUUUAGUAGACAAUGAAAUUAUGACAUCUGUAACAAGCAAUUGAAACUUCUCCCCAUUGUCUUAAAUUCUGAGAAAACUGGUUUCAAGUAUUUAAGUCAAAUGGAAUAAUAAAGUAAUUGAAGAUA